UGUGUUUUGGACUGGGACAGAGGGCCGGGCUAACCGCGUGAGAGGGGCGCCCAGCUGGGCAAGCGAGUUCAGGCUCUUCCCUCCCGGGAGCACCAAGCGGCCGCACCUCAGGGUCUCCCCUGGAGCCAGCACGACCAUUCGCGGUGAUGAUGCGCCCCCCGGCGCCCCUAGCCCGGUGCUGCACCGGCCCCCGCCUCCCGGCUUCCAGAAAGCUCCCCUUGCGUUCCGCGGCAUUCUUUGGGCGUGAGUCAUGCAGGUUUGCAGCCAGCCCCAAAGGGGGUGUGUGCCAGCCGACCGCUAUAAAUACGGCGCCUCCCAGUGCUCACCACGCGGCGUCGCCAGGAGGAGCGCGCGGGCACCGGGUGCCGCUGACCGAGGCGUGCGAGGACUCCAGAAUUGGAGGCAUGAUGAAGACUCUGCUGCUGUUUGUGGGGCUACUGCUGACCUGGGAGAGUGGGCAGGUCCUGGGGGACCAGACGGUCUCGGACAAUGAGCUCCAGGAAAUGUCCGAUCAGGGAAGUAAGUACGUCAAUAAGGAAAUUCAAAAUGCUGUCAACGGGGUGAAAGAGAUAAAGACUCUCAUAGAAAAGACAAACGAAGAGCGCAAGACACUGCUCAGCAACCUAGAGGAAGCCAAGAAGAAGAAAGAGGAUGCCCUAAGUGAGACCAGGGAAUCAGAGACAAAGCUGAAGGAGUUCCCAGGAGUGUGCAAUGAGACCAUGAUGGCCCUCUGGGAAGAGUGUAAGCCCUGCCUGAAACAGACCUGCAUGAAGUUCUACGCACGCGUCUGCAGAAGUGGCUCGGGCCUGGUUGGCCGCCAGCUCGAGGAGUUCCUGAACCAGAGCUCACCCUUCUACUUCUGGAUAAACGGCGACCGCAUCGACUCCCUGCUGGAGGACGACCGGCAGCAGACACACAUGAUGGAUGUCAUGCAGGACCGCUUCAGCCGCGCAUCCAGCAUCAUGGACGAGCUCUUCCAGGACAGGUUCUUCGCCCGGGAGCCCCAGGACUCCUACCACUUCCUGCCCUUCAGCCUGCCCCACCGGAGGCCUCACUUCUUCUUUCCCAAGUCCCGCAUCGUUCGCAGCUUGAUGCCCUUUUCUCCCUAUGAGCCCCUGAACUUCCACGCCAUGUUCCAGCCCUUCCUUGAGAUGAUACAUGAGGCUCAGCAGGCCAUGGACAUCCACUUCCACAGCCCGGCCUUCCAGCACCCGCCCACGGAAUUCAUACGAGAAGGCGACGACGACCGGACUGUGUGCCGGGAGAUCCGCCACAACUCCACGGGCUGCCUGCGGAUGAAGGACCAGUGUGACAAGUGCCGGGAGAUCUUGUCUGUGGACUGUUCGGCCAACAACCCCGCCCAGGCUCAGCUGCGGCGGGAGCUCAAUGAAUCCCUCCAGGUCGCUGAGAAGUUGACCAGGAAAUACAACGAACUGCUGCAGUCCUACCAGUGGAAGAUGCUCAACACCUCCUCCUUGCUGGAGCAGCUGAACGAGCAGUUUAACUGGGUGUCCCGGCUGGCAAACCUCACGCAAGGCGAAGACCAGUACUAUCUGCGGGUCACCACGGUGGCUUCCCACACUUCUGACUCAGAUGUUCCUUCCGGUGUCACUGAGGUGGUCGUGAAGCUCUUUGACUCUGAUCCCAUCACUGUGACGGUCCCUGUAGAGGUCUCCAGGAAGAACCCUAAAUUUAUGGAGACUGUGGCGGAGAAAGCGCUGCAGGAAUACCGCAAAAAGCAAAGGGAGAAGUGAGAUGUGAAUGUUGCUUUUGGACCUACGGGGGCAUCUGAGUCCAGCUCCCCCGAGAUGAGCUGCAGCCCCCCAGAGAGAGCUCUGCAUGUCACCAAGUGACCAGGCCCCAGCCUCCAGGCCCCCAACUUCGCCCAGCCACUCCCCGCUCUGGAUCCUGCACUCUAACACUCGAAUCUGCUGCUCAUGGGAAGAACAGAACUGCUCCUGCAUGCAACUAAUUCAAUAAAACUGUCUUGUGAGCUGA